AUGGCUGGUUCAAUAUUUCACUUACUGGAAGUAAUCUACGCUAAGAACGUAGCAUGCGAGGUUCAAAAAAUACGCAAUGAACGCUGCUGUGGCUGUAAAAUAUACGAACAGGAUUGUCUAAUGAUGAUGCAUGAACACGAAACUUGGGGAAUGCACGGGUUCAACGCUAUAGAACAAGCUAACAACACGUCCUCCACAUGGAACGAAUUCGUGGCCGCUAUCAAAAUUCUAAACGUAGAAAAUCAUAAAGAUUUUACACAGCACCUGAUGUGUUUGCAAGAAGAACCCAUCAAAACUUUGUCUACACUUUACUACAA